AUGAGCAAAAGACACAACAGAAAGCGUACGCGUAGUCGCCCGCGUCACCGUGAUUCUGGCCAUGCCCGUUCCACCCAUAUCCGGACGUACUCCAUAGACACAGAGGCCUCGUAUGCGUCCAUGGCCUCAAACCCAACCUUCCUGCCACCGCCAACAUACUAUCCCCCGGGAAGCCGCCCUCAAGACCACUGGAACCACUGGGAUAGAAUGUACGCGGCCUGGCAGACGCGCAACCAGCUCCAUCGCCAGCAGGAGCAGCAGGCGUUGGACGAGGCCCAACGUCUGCGCUUCUUCGGCGGCGAGGCCGGCGACGAGUUGAGCCUUCUGGAGCCCAUGUUGAGGGUCGUGACGGGGCUUUUUGACGGGGAGACAGAUUAUGUGGAUCCUUGA